AUGGCGGCCAUGGAGAACGCGCGAGCAGUGUUUAUUUCAACAGAUGCUCGAUAUCGAGUCACCCCACCGCUCCUACCUGGUUUUCAAUCUGUCUUCGAUAGGUUGAACAGUGCCCAUCUAACUGGCAACCGUCUUGCUACUGCUCCUAAUCUGCCAAUCAUCAUCCCCGAUGACGGAACCUCAAACGCAGAGGUAGGAAAUCCAAAGUAUUAA